AUGCAGUUAACGGGAGAAACCUCAGAGGGCGCCAUUCCCCAUCACCUGAUCCAGCAACAGAAGAGGAGUCAAAGAUGCUUCACCUGCAUCAGAACCGAUGGAGACGUGAACCAGCAGCAGCAGCAGGAGGAGGAGGAAGAGGAGGACCAUCAUCGCCUGCCGCUCAGCCACCUCUGUUCACUGUUUCUGUACUGGUCAGGUGUAGCUCUGCUCCACCUGGCUGUGUUUCCUCUGAGAUGGAGAUCUAACAAAGCCACGUUUAUCCUCAGCUGUCUGCUGCACUGCAUGAGGAAGAGGAGGCAGUGUCUGACGGUCUGGGGCUGCAGCGGUGACGGCAGAUUGAAGCACAGGGUCAGAAUAAGAUGCGCUGAGCAGCUGAAGAACCAGAGGGAAGAUGCUGGCGGUCGGUGUGAAACAAGAUGGAGGGCUUUAAAACAUCAUGGGCAGCAGCUCAUCCAAGCAGUCGGUCAGAAGCUCCUUCACGCCUCAGAACACAGAUUCUGUUGGUUGGUUCCUGACUUUCUGUUGGCUUUGCUACAUUUUUCCUCCUCCUUUGGGAGAAUGGAGCAGAUUCUCAACGCAGAAGAGAUGCUGUUUAUGAGCGGACUCAGUGAAAAUGGGUCAGAACCGAGCUGUGAGAAGCAUCAGCCUCUUCAGGACUGGCCUCUUCAGGAGUCAGAGCUGCAGUACUACAGUCCGACCAGCGGGGGGCAGAGUCCCUCACUCACCGCUGCUGCUACCUCCGUCCAUCCUCUGGUUCCCCUCCUCCUCUACAGCGACAGACACCUCCCCCUCUCCUCCCCGUACAGCCAGCCAAUCAGUGAGCCCGUUGCCCGACAGGCUGACACUCCCUCCUGGACCCGCCCCUGUUACCCCGGCAACAGCGUUUGCAGCAGCAGGCAGGCGGUGAAGAAGCCUCUGAACGCCUUCAUGCUCUACAUGAAGGAGAUGAGACACCAGGUGCAGCAGGAAGGGCGGGAGAAGGAGAGCUCCGCUGUAAACCGCAUCCUGGGACGCAAGUGGCACGCUCUGUCUCGCUCUGAACAGUCCAAAUAUUACGACCUGGCCCAGAAGGAGCGGCUGCUCCACAUGCAGCUUUACCCCGGAUGGUCUGCCAGAGACAACUACGGGAAGAGGAAGAGGAAGCAGAACCAGCAGCAGUUGGGUGGAAGUCCUUCCAGGUCAGGGUUCAUCUGCAGCCAGUCUUAAAGAAUCAAACCGCUGCUAUUGGAAUUUCAUUUACACACACUGAGAUAAAAUAUUUCCCUGCAUCCCUUGAAGGCAACAUGUUCCCUUUCUGACACAAUCAGUGUUAAAUCUGGUCCACAGAGAGCUUCAGCUCCCUCAGGCUGCAUGUCUGACAUGAUGACCAUACUGUUGUGUCGCUUCGCUUCUGAACAACUCAGAUAUAAACUGCUGCAAACUGUUUUCUCUUCCUGUUUGUCGGAUCUUUAUGAACUGCGGGGCAAAGGUCAGAAACGGUCCAGAAUCUUGAAACUCUGCCCUCCACAUCUAUAGUUUACCCAGUUGUUGUUGGACAGCACCAAUGAAAUAUGGAACAUCUGCAGGUCCUGCUUGGUCAUAUUAUGAUGCUCAGACUUUUUUAGAUGUGGGCAGAUCUGAUUCCAGGUUUGAUCCCUGAGCUCCUUAAACUGUAAACCAUGUGAUCAAUCAAAAUGUUUUGUUCUGAUUUAUUGUGUUUUAAUGUUUCUGAAUUAAAUGUAUUUUCAGUAUAAUUCACGUAAUCCAGAAAAAUCCAAAGGUUUGGAUCUUUUUCCUUCCUGUAUGGAAUAAUUUGGACGCAGACAUUUGAUUAUUGUGGGUUUUACAUCAUUCCUGAGCAGCUUGCAGCUUCGCCGCUUCCUUUGUUUGGAGACAUCAACAGGCUUCUGGAAGGACUGUGGCUCGAUAUGUGGUCGCUCUUUUAUGGUUGGUUUCCUGGAGCAGAACUAGGUUUUGUCUACUGCCCCACGCUCCAGUCCAGAAGGUGGCAGUAAUGCAACUUUACUGCCAAAAAAAGGCAACAGAAGACAGCCCCAGGAUCCAGAUGGGAGCUUUAGGAACACCGUUCCAUAUGGUGGUUCCUCAGUUCUUCCUGAACAUCCCAAAAGAUUUCCUUUCAUCUGAGGGGGAAACUUUGGUGACACAUCCAGUUAACCUUUACUUUUGUCCAGUAGUUGGCCCUGAGGAGCUGCAGCUGUUUAGUAGAUGUUCCCAGUAGAUCAGCCCUUAAAGACUCAAAUUUACAGAUUUCUGCUAUUUUCAGUCAGUCUCUAAGUUUAACUUGGCAUUAAAACAUGGAGCAGGAAAGUGCAGCUUUUACUGUAGGUGUGGAACCAGAUGAACCAACACAAAUCUAACUGCAUAAAAACCAUCUUAUAUUUCCAACAUCUGGACUCUGACUGCUGGAUGGCCCGGACACACGUUUCCAUUAGUUCUGAAGGCCCGACCAGCAGAUCUUCACUUUCUUCAGUAGUCAAUGUGGAUUAGAUGGUCUUCACCCCGAGGCAGGGGUCAGUAACCUUUAUGAUCCAUUUUUGUCCUUAAUGAAUAAAACUUGACUGAAACAUGCGUGACCAUUUUAGUUUUAUAGUUUAAAGAACUAAACAUGUAAAUUAAUUUCAGGUUUUAGAAAAAAAGAUUAAAAUAUCUUCAAUAAAACGUUCAGAAUUUAUGGAAAAUGAAUAAAGAACUUGUAGUUUGCAGGAAAAUAAAAACUGUAAGUUGUUUAUUUUGUGAAUUUAAUAAACAAAAACUUUCCACA